GUGUUUAUGUUCGGGUCAGUGCCUCUGAAGACUUAUCUUCCUGACGGCGAUAUUGACUUAACCGCAUUUUCCCGGGGUCCAACCGUGAAGGACGCGUGGGUCCACGACGUUCAAGCGAUCCUGGAACGCGAAGAGCGGAACGCAGAUGCUCUUUUCCAAGUGAAAGAAGUUCAAUACAUCCACGCGGAGGUCAAGCUGAUCAAGUGUCUCGUGCAGAACAUUGUGGUUGAUAUCUCCUUCAACCAGCUAGGGGGCCUAUGCACGCUCGGGUUUCUAGAAGAGGUGGACGCUCUGAUUGGCCGGAACCACAUUUUCAAGCGGAGCAUUAUCCUGGUGAAGGCCUGGUGUUACUACGAGAGUCGAAUUUUAGGGGCCCACCACGGGCUCAUCUCCACAUACGGCCUGGAGACCCUCGUUCUGUACAUUUUCCACGUGUUCCAUAAGGAGCUGCACAGUCCGUUGCACGUGCUUGUCAAGUUUCUGGAGGUAUUCAGCAAGUUUGACUGGGAGCAGUUUUGCCUCAGCCUCAAAGGCCCCGUUCCUCUCUCGUCUCUACCCACCAUGCUCGCUGAGAGGCCUGGUGGAGUAGAGGACCUGCUCCUCACAGACGAGUUUCUGGCAGAAUGCUAUGCCAAGUACUCACUGGCUCCCAUGGUCCAGAAGCGGCCGUUCAUGGUCAAGUUCCUGAACAUCAUUGACCCUCUCCUGGACAAUAAUAACCUCGGCCGCAGCGUCAGCAAAG